AUUACUGUCACUGUUCUGCAUGUGACUGUCGUGUUCCGGAAGCUUUCUUCCCAGUUGCAGUCACUCCUCACUCCUCAAUCGUCACAUUCCUCAUUCAGUGCGAGACACUCGGCGAUACUUGACGUACGGCGGACACAUAUUGUACAGCGUAUUGUUACCCGUUCGUGUCGACUGUAGUAUCGUCUGUGUGUGUUGUGUUUGUGUUACAGGAUUUGUUUUGUUAUUUUGAAUCUAACGUUAAAACAUGGGCUAACUGUUGAGACCCUAAAAUGAACGAGAGCCGAGAAAGGAUAAGACGAGAGAGAGAGAGGGAGAAGAACACUUACACAUCUCCUCGCCUCGCGUUACGAAGAGUCUUAUUGUUGGCGGAGGGUCGCCAGUUCAGAGAAGCGGCGGCCAUUUUGUCCAGACUGGGACCAGGAGUCCUCCAGAGUGUGGCCGGUGAACUACCAGUGGACCUGUUGGUAGAAGCACUACCCCACUCUUCACAUCUCCUGGAGACACUUUUAAACAGGUUGAUAUCUUUGGAGAUUACACCACGUCCGGAAUUACAAUGUGAGACAGUGGCGUGGCGUCUGGUCGGUCUUCUCGGGGGAGAUCAAGGUUCUGGUCUUCGAGCGAGGACCGCUCGUCUGGCGUCCGCCCUCGUCCAUUACAGUCCUGAUGCCAGGGAGGCUGUCGAUAACAGGCGAAGGCAGCUGGAUGCAGCUGUUCAAGGUCUUGGAACCCAUGGCCUCACUGCAGAUUCCUCGGGGACGUUGAUCUCUCUUCACGUCGCUAUGAAGAACGAGUUACAGCGACAUGUGGAGGUGUACAAGCAGGCGCUUCAUAAGCUGGAGGAACUGUCCUCGGUGACGGUCAACCAAGAUCCUGCAUCGUCAUCUCAUCAACGUCUGUUGGCGUUGUCCCAUGCCGAUGUUGAGAGACGUCUCAUCGACAAUAAGUCACUACUGACCAUUGUUGAUAAGCCGGCCUUGAAGCAGCUCCCGACCUUGGUCGCCUCCUUAUCAGCGAGGGUUGACAGUGAUAAGGCGGUCUUAGCUUGUGUCGGACAAAUCAAGAGAAGCGACCCCACUUUGGAUUUGAGUGACACCAGACCGGUGGCUGGUGUACUGAUGAAUUAUUCGAGAGGAUGCGCCGCCCUCCUCUCUCAGAUGACUGAGGUGUUGGUGGUGAACACUCCUCGCUCCCCGACAGACUCCGCCAGCGACGGCUACCACUCGGACAGUGAUGACUCCCACCAACAUCCUGAUAGAAGUAAGUUAGUAUCACAGUACGCUGCAGUCUGGUCGCUCGCUGCUGAGGAGGUGCUGCCGGCUCUAGCAGCCUUAGAACCUCUCAAACCGACUCCCAACUUAAAAUAUAAGAUAGUAUUCUCCGUUGUUGUUUUAUCUUUCCGUGCUGCCAUCAGUCUGCGAGACAAACGCAUCAGUGAAGUGAAAUCUUUACUCGGAUGUGAAUCAGACGAUACACCGGGCACCUCGGGUUUUGUCGCCGCUGCUAUGAGGCUGCUGAGGAACACGGCUGAUACCUUCCCUCUGGGAGAUGCCGAGAGGACUGUGAUUAAUCAGGUGGUGAGUACUCUCCGGGAGUAUCCUUGUCUGGAGUCUUGCGGGGCUCUCCAUGCACUGGCGGCGGUCGCCUGUCGUGCUGCAUGGACCAUCAGCCUCCAUCCGCCGCUCAGGAUAGAUACUGACUUCACACCUGUGGUCAUGAACCCCGAAAAGCACGUUCGUUUCUCUCAGGACAGUCGAGAGCGUCGCUCGGACCUCAUCAGAUCGUUCGUAUGGCCAGCGCUGGUGGAUGGAACUCGCUGUGUUUUCAGAGCUAUCGUCCUCACUUAG